UCUAUUUUGUCAAGAGCAUGACGCGUUAACUCAGCUAUUAAGGACCUCUCUGAAUCCUAUACCGAUUUUUAUUUCUGGUACUGUACGUGUCAAAAACCCAGAACCUCUUGGAAUUCAACUCUUCACCACGUAUCUUCUCAAAAUUUCAGAAAGAUGCCAUAAAUUACCUUCUCUUCCAUUCUUAUUGCCUCAAUCAAAAAUCACAGCUAGAAAGAACCUUUCAGAAACCCUAAUUAUGCAAAUUUUCAAGAAUUCAGCAUCCCCAAUUUACAGAAUCUACAGAAACAGAAGCUUGCAUUCAAGAUUCUUCUGUAAUAAUCAACAACAAAAAUCUCAUUUUGAAGAUGUAGGUUCUUCAAUGGCCUCACAUCUAAAAACACGAUCUGUAAUUCGUUUUAGAGGUCCUGAUACUAUUAAGUUUCUUCAAGGAUUAGUAACAAAUGAUGUAAGAAAGUUUGGUGAAGCAAUUGGGGAAAAAACAUCAACUUUAACUACACCAAAUGUGUCAACAGUAUCAGAAACACCCAUUUAUGCAGCAAUGCUUACACCUCAAGGGAGGUUUUUGUAUGAUUUGUUUAUUUAUAGACCUUCUCGUUCUUACGAGAAGCUUGAUAAAACUGGUUCUAAACCUGGUUCAAACCCAGCAGAUGACCUUUUUGAUUUGCUUGCUGAUGUUGAUGCUACUGUUAUGGAUGAGCUCAUGGAUUGCUUUCACAAAUUUCGGCUAAGAUCAAAAGUUGAUAUUGAAAAUGUGAGUGAGGAAUUUUCUUGCUGGCAACGUUUUGGUAAGAACCUAUCUACAUCAUCUGACUCGAAAGAAGAACCUGAGGCUUCAGCUCUUGGCUGGGGAGCUGGUGUUGACAAAGCCGGUCAGUCAUCUACAAAAGGGAAUAGUUCUGGUUGGCAAUGGUACAAAGAUCCUAGAUUGGAUAGUCUUGGUUUCAGGGGAAUUUUUCCUUCAAAUACAACACCACCAUUGAUUGAGGCAAACAAAGAAACUGAUGAGCUAAAUUACCUUCAAUGGAGAGUAGAGAAGGGAGUGGCAGAGGGCUCAACUGAGAUUCCUAAAGGUGAGGCAAUUCCGCUCGAGUACAAUCUUGCUGGCUUGAAUGCUAUAAGCUUUGAUAAAGGAUGCUAUGUCGGGCAGGAGUCGGUUGCUCGAACUCACCACCGUGGUGUCAUUCGAAAACGCCUGCUUCCUUUGAAAUUUCUCAACAAAAGCGGAAAUGAAGUAGACCAAAAGGUAACUCCAGGAUCGGAAGUAGUUGGAGUUUCAUCUGACAAGAAAGUUGGGACUGUCACAACUGCACUUGGGUCUCGUGGUAUGGGCCUACUGAGGCUAGAAGAAGCCUUUAAAGGAUCAGGCUCCUUGAGUCUUAAAGGGCAAGAUGAUGUAAAGAUCGAAGUUAUUAGACCAGAUUGGUGGCCUUCUGAAUGGUUUCCAGAUCAUUAACACGGUUCAGUUGCUUCAAGAGGGAGCUAGACCAGUCUCUCUCUCUAAGUUAAAAGUUUAUGUAAUUCUAACUUUUUUGUAGUUGAUCAAAAUAAGAAGAGAAACAUCUUUUGCAUGUUUAUCCUA